AUGUUGUUUUCUAUUUCCAGUAUUGUCGCGGGGAUGAGCUUGCUCUCACUUGCUCUAACUGCCCCCGCGGUUCCGGGUGAAGUCACUCUCGAGAAGCGAGGGUUCUCUUGUGACAGUCCUGUUGCUGGUCUCACCGCCGCAGAUUGCAAACAUAUGUCGACCAUCGGGAUGGCCGGCAUGGGAACAAAUGCGAAGGCUGCCAAUGGUGCAGUCUGGAUCGGAAGUCAGGGACCCAACACAUUUGUUUUCAAAAACAGUGCGGCUGCACCGGUCACUGUAAUCAUCUGGACACAAGCUGCGGGGGAUUAUCAAAGCUCCUUCAUGAACGCCCGAAAGCCUCAAGUCUCUUAUUCGUUGGGCGCUGGUCAAUCCGUUACAAUCUCCAUGGCAAAUGGUGUAUCCGGCGGAUGGGCUGGUCUUUAUAAUCAAAAGACUACUCUGAGCCAGUAUGGCCAAGUUUUUAAUACUUGGGGAGAAUUCACAACCGGUGCCUAUGCUACAGUAGACGUCUCUCGCGAAGUCAACAUGGGUGGAAACGCCAUGACCAUCCAAGUCGGCAGUUGCACCUCCAGUAUGUCCAAGUGUGUCUUUACUUGUAAGAGCGGGAACACAUGCGGAAAUGCAGGUACUUAUUCGUUGAUCAACUGUGCUGCUGGAAGCCAGACUGGUGCUACGUAUGGUCUUGCUAGCGGUCAGCCAUCAGGUGGUUGUCAAGGGUUCAACAAUGGUGGAAAGGUGUCUGUUACCUUCUCUUAG